UCGUUUUUUAAGUACAACUUUGCGAAGAUGAUUACUGUGACGGGUACAGUCAUGUGCAGGAAUGUAAUUUUAUGUAUUUGACAGUUGAUUUGUGUCAUCGUGAGAGAAAAAAUGCGUUGAUAAAUAUACUCUUGUUUGGUUGGCCGGAAUUGGAGUGUUUUUGUCAAAUGGAAGAUGAAGAUUGGUUUUAUUAACUUUCUGAGAUGAUUUCUAUUGAAGAGUUAAGUGAAUAUGUAAAGAAGUUAUAUUAUACCACUCUGGGUGAAGGCCUAGCUUUAAACUUUUAAUGUUUGCAGAAACUUUAGAGGCUUUUAUCUAAAAUGUACUGAAAAUGGCGCUUGUAUUUGGACCACCGGUGUCAUUAUGACAAUAACACUUGGAAUAUGCUUAGUUUUUCGCAUCCAAUUCCGAGAUUUUCUAACCGAGAUGGCUUUUAGAGAUGCAGCAUUGGAUAUACCUAUCGUUGAUUACAUUUUUAAAGUGAAUAAUGGCAAGAAGAUGAUGCAGCUUAAGAAAUUGGUUGUAGAGUCGCAGAAAGAUUUGUUUAAUUAUACUAGCUUACUGUUGAAGAUAUAUGUAACGGGAGUGUGGCUUUGUGCCACAUUGUAUCUCUGCAGUCCAAUUUACAGUAUGCUUGUUAGUGAAGACAAAUCUUUGAGGCUGCUAGCAUUCGACAUGUGGUUUCCCUGGAGUUUGGCGGAUAUAAAAGUGUACACCUUGUCAUUUAUAUUCCACGCGUAUGCUGGUUACUUAUGUUGCGUAGCUUACCCCGGUCUUCAAUCAACGAUAAUACUACUGGUCGGUCAAAUUAUUCGUCAAUUGAGGAUAUUAAAUUUCAUUCUGCAACACUUAAACGAGCUGGUGCUAGAAGUUAACCAACGGAAAGAUGAAAAAUGGCAAAAAUCUUGUACUACGGUCCUGUCUCAGUGUGUUGAGCAUUACGUAAAAAUUAAAAGAUUCAGCAAUCGCCUAAAUGUAAUAUGCCGCCCUUUCUAUUUGGCGUUGAUUCUUGUGGCCAUUAUCCUUGUUUGCAUGUGUUCGGUGAAGAUUGCUAUUUCUGAUAAGCUGAGUCCGGAUACGAUAAAGUAUUAUGUGCACGAAAUCUGUUUUAUCUUCGUCGUGUUAAUGUUUUGUUUAUUGGGACAGCAAGUCGAUGACGAAUGUGCAUCCCUAGAGCUUGCCGUCACCGAGAAAUGGUAUAUUUUCAAUCGCGCUCACAAGCAGAAUGUGCGAAUAUUCAAAAUGGCGCUCAGUCAAAGAAUGCCUAUUUACAUCUUCGGUACUAUUACCCUAUCACUGCCAACAUUUACUUGGUUCAUCAAAACUGGGAUGUCUUUCUUCACUUUGGUAAUGUCCGUUUUAGAAGAACAAUAAAUCUCAAAGACACUGAAACCGUUAAGAACACAGAAGAAUCACGUUGGAAAAUUAAUAUAGUUUAAAUAUAAAAAAUUAUCACAAAUAUAAUGCACGUGAAGAGUGGAUUUUUGUAGUAAAAGUUUUCGUUUUGAGUACUAAUUAUUUGUAUUCGAAAUUUACUCAUCGGAGAGUAGGUAGCAGUGUGCUUAGUGCGAGUUUUUUAACGUUUUCGAUAGCGUAAAAGUUAGCUCAUAUUUGUAUGGAAUGGGAUCGUUUGCGUAAGUUUUUUUUUCUCUUUCUAUUGCCUUUGUAGGCAGACGAGCAUACGGCCCACCUGAUGGUGAGUGGUUACCUUGGUCCAUGGACUUCAGCAAUGCCAGGGGCAGAGCCAAGCCGUUGCCUACCGCUUAAUACUCUCCAUAAGCCUCGUUUGAAGAAGGACAGCGCUGAUAGCGCUGACAAGAUAGCGCUCGGGAAACACCGUGGAGGGGAGCUCAUUCCAUAGACGGUUGGUACGUGGCAAAAGCGAUCUCUGGAAACGUUUUCCGCUAGGGGCGCUGUUUCAAAUGCAUACAAAAUUGGCUUAACUUUUACGCUAUCGAGAACGUUAAGAAACUCUCACUAAACACCCAGCACUAUUUUUGUAGUGCGAUAAUAUUUACUUUUAAUAGGGCAAACUGUGAGCCUGCACGUAUCAUGCAUUUCAAUUAAAAUUUUACUAACAUGUCAUAA